UGCAUCAUCCACCGACCGAGCCAGGAACCGACUAGCAGAACCGGAGAAAAAAUGGCGUUCACAUUCGCGGCCUUUUGUUACAUGCUAGCUCUGCUGCUCACGGCGGCCCUUAUCUUCUUCGCUAUCUGGCAUAUAAUAGCAUUUGACGAGCUGAAGACUGAUUACAAGAAUCCUAUAGAUCAGUGUAACACUUUAAAUCCGCUGGUGCUGCCAGAGUAUCUCAUCCACUUCUUCUUCUGUGUGAUGUUCUUCUGUGCGGCUGAGUGGCUCACUCUCUGCCUCAACUUGCCACUGCUGGCUUAUCAUGUCUGGAGGUAUAUGAGCAGACCUGUGAUGAGCUGUCCAGGACUCUACGACCCAACAACCAUCAUGAAUGCUGACAUCCUGGCCUUCUGUCAAAAAGAAGGCUGGUGCAAACUGGCUUUCUACCUCCUGUCGUUCUUCUACUAUCUCUACGGGAUGAUUUAUGUUCUGGUGAGCUCUUAAACCAGACGAUGAAGGAAAAGGACCUGCAUGUACAGUCGACCACCAGACACUAAGAUACUGGUGCUGGAACACUGGACCUGCUGGAGAACAUCGUUCAGCGACACAAGAUGCCAUUUCAAGCGGACGGACUCUCGACCCCACACACACACACACACACACACACACACACACACACACACACACACACACACACACACACACUCACACUCACACUCACACACUGUGCAGAGUGUCAUUUUGGAAACAUUUAGCCCGUUUUAAGCGAAUAUCUCAGUCGCAGCGUUCCUCUCAUAAGCACUGUAGUUUAAAUUUUAAGGAAAUAAGGACAAUGAAUGGACAAUUUUUUUCCCUUUUUUUUUUAUUUUUAAUGGUGUGGUGAUUUUUGAUGCGUGGGAAUUUUUUUUCUUCUUUUUUCUCCUUUUGGUUCCCAACUUUUGAGUGUUUACUGAUUAGGUAGACAUUUUCAGGUGUGCGUUUCCUGUGAGAAUCUGAGCUGCGUGCCGAACUGCAUUAGCUUUUUCCUGUGAAUUAGAUUCUGGGCUUCAGCAGCUAACAGUCUAUCUAUACCUGCCAUGUGAUUCAUCAUCGUCAGUAAAACAAAGGACAAAGUGCAAACUAGACUUCUGUUCUCGCCUACAGAUCCAUAUGGUCCUACUAUGAACAUUUCGGGGACUUGAAGGGGACAGUUAGGUACAUCGAGGGCUGAAGUGCAUGGGUUAUUAUCGCUUAGUGAAACAUGUUGCACAGGGACAAUCAUAGUCCGGUUGUCAGUUUUCCAGCUGUCUGAUGUAUCGUUUCCAUACUUCUGACCCAUUUAUCAUCAUCAUCAUGUAACUCCCAUUGAAAUCAAUGGUAAUUUGUUUUUUUUUUCUUUUAAGUGUGAAUCAAGAGUAGACAGCGAUGUGUAUGUGACCUGUAUUUCUGUAGAAUCGCCCUCGCAGCUGUCCAGACAUUCAAAGGUAGACUCAACAGUACAACAAUAUAUUCAGCAUUAGGCAGCAACAGUACUGUUAUUCUCUGCUUUCGAUCUUUGGUAGGAAAACUGCUGACGUGCCAAACUGUUGGAUGUACCUUUUGGAAAAUCCUAGACUGUUUCCCGUCAUUGUGCAUUUCCACAUCAAAUAUUCCGCAGCAUUAGGAGCUCCAGUGUUAAUUUAUUCUUUGUUUUUAAUUUUACAUUUUUGUGUCUUCGGGAUAUCAAGCACUCCUCGCAGCGUCGGCUCAUUUCCAGAGUCAAAUCUGGAAAGAGUCGAGGCCAUUAGACAAAACUCGUCAGUAAUCAAGUAUUUAUUGCCAUUUUCAAAUGUGUAAAUUUAUCAGGGAAUGGGACGAUCAUUUGUCAGAUAAAACUUUAAUUUUUUUUAUAUUAGAUCCCAUCUUGUCACAUCUAGGAAACGACGACUUAAGUUUAUUCGAAUCUAAAUAAAAUGAUCCCACUCUGUUAUCAUGGACUGGAAUGUUUUAACUCGGUAGCUUUAAAAGGAAAAGACUACAUGAGCAGAUGAAAUUAUUUAUUAUUCACAUUUCGUUUUCUCUUAUGAUAAUUAUAAAAGGCCCAUGAAAGCCCUACUGAACAUAUUUUACAUCUGAUUUUAUGAAACAAGCAAAAACGUAGGAUCUUCAAGGGAUGUGACCGCCGACUCGGACCUUUUGAGAUCAUAAGUUUAGUAGCCAAAAUGUCAAAAGUUGGAGCUGACAUCUAACUUUAAUUUAUCCUUCUGCUCAAAUGAGGGCAUCGCUGCGGCAGAAGGCCUUUCUUCAGUUGAUAUUUACAACAAAAAACCUACAGUAUUUUAACUGUAAUUACAAAGACGCCGACAGCAGGAUUUCCUCACAGAGACUUUCAUUUGAUUACAAUGAGGAUGAAAAACAGCAAUAUAUUAAGAGUAUUCUGUUAAAGUGCAAACCUCAGAGAAUGCAGUUAUAUCUCUCACACACACACACACACA